AAAGGUCACUGCAUGGUUUUAUUAUGAUCACUGUUGCUUGGUUCAGUGGCUGAUGAAACAAAUCAUGAUAAAACUGCCUGCUAUCGCAGGCUAGAAAACUGUAAGGGAACAUAGUCUGGUCCUCACCCUUGUAUAAUUAUAGGUUGACUAAAUGACCUUGCCAAAUAAUUAUAAUUUGGCAAGGUCAUUUAGUCAACCUACAUGUCUGCUCCUUGUUAAAAUAAUUUGUGUAUGAUAAAUUUUAGACUGCUGGCUGCCAAUCUUUUUUCUGAGGGUGAGACAAAUGCCAAAGGGUGGUAUUGACAAAUAGGGGUUGGUGUGAGACGAGAGUUUUCUCGCGAGUGCCACACCCAUCACGUCUUGACCCAAUCCCUUCUAGCCUGAAAUGUCUCACCAUAUUAUCCUUGCCUGAUAAUUAUUUCCGAGAGAAAAACAGACUUGCCAGCAGUCUGGAUAACUUUAAAGAUUGGCUGCCUAAUCCAAUCAAUGUUGGAUAAUAUUGGAAAUAGCGCACAGUAUUUGAAAAAGAUGGGAGAAGACAAAUGGUGAAUUCAGAGCUUUGCAAGGUGGUAAGAGUUUUUUUUUCCUGCGAGCCAGAGACUUUUUACUCUGGUUCCAAAGGUUUUAUAUUUCAUAUUUCUCAGUUACAUGUGAGCCAAAAAGCAGCCAAAACAUGAUGCUUUAUCAUUUCAGUAGUAGUGAGAGGGAAAAAGUCUUUGGGACCAGGGUGAAGACUUUCCAUCAAAGAAACCAAGACCCCAUGAAGGCAUCAUAAAAACAUGUGAGACAGGAACCUGUGACAUUUAGUAAUAUUCUGCGAGACAUAUUUUUUUUAAAGGACUGUUUGUCACCCCUGUCACCUUAAAUUAUUCAUUUAGCGGUUUGUGUUUGGCUUUCUUCGCCAAGGCAAUAAUGAUUAGUAUUCAUGUCAUCAUUAAUGUCAACUUAAACAGCUUAACUAAUCGCUGUCUGAAACGUUGGGACGCCAAGGAAUCAUUUUUAGAGCGAAUUUUGACAGUUGCGCGUGUGCAACGGUGGCAAAAUUCCAGCGUUUUUCCUGCAGGUUUUUGUAUUUUGCGAAAAAUAUGCAAAGUAUUCACACCCAAUCCGCAGGCGAAACCAUGUCGAUUUUGUACAUUUUUAAUGAAAAAAAGUAGGGAUGAUGAACCGGGCUGCAUUAGUUGAAAUUUCGUCCCCUUUUACAGGUCGUGAUGUGGAACUCGCAAGGAGAAUAUACGUGGCAAUAACCGAACACACCUUUUUAAGGCUUGUAAAGCAAUGAUUGCAUCAUUUAACACCGCGUAACCUCUUGCUGUGAAACUUGUGUUUACGUUUUGCUCUUCGCUGAUUGGUUAGCUUUCAAAAGGGGCGGGCAAGUUCGUGGCAAAAAUAACAUGCGAAUCACUUGAUUGGCUUACCAUAGUCACGUGACUAUCUCUCAGAAUAACAACAUUGAACGCGCUGUUGCCCAGAACCAAAACAUCGGCAAGCGAAAGAUUUGUGGCUUGAAACCUCGCUUAUUCGUCAACGGCGAAAAGACCAGUCACCAAUUUUUAUUCGUCCAUGAAAAUGUGAAGAUUUUUUUGCAAAUAAUGGCUUCUACUGGAACAGACGAUUUUGAAAACGGUUGGACUUUGGUCGACAAGGAUGGACAAAUUGACAUAGUGCCAAGGAAGAAUUCUGUGUCUUAUUCAAAGUCACCAUCAGGAGAGGAUAGUGUAGUUUCCACUUUGCAUUCACCCACCAAAGAUGACAGUGAGGGUGAGGCAGAGUUUGAGGUUCUUAGUGGAUUUCAGUGUGAUCCACCAUUAGAGGCAGAGAGCAUCCAGGCAGCAUUAAAAACUACUCAAGGUGAAAAUGAUCUUCCACAUCACCUGGAGUCUGAAACUGAAGAUGAGUUGGAGGCAGUUCACCAGAGCUCAUGCCAGUGUGCUGCAGAAGAUGGAAUUAUGAUCAUUUCAAAUCACUUUUGUUUGGACCAGGAUGUUUCUCCUGCUGGAGAUAUGACCGCAGAAAACCCAGUGCCUUCUACAUGUGACCAGCAAAGUCAGCAAAGUCUGGUGUCCUCUACUCUUUCCUCAGACAGUAGCGCUGAUAGUUGGCGGGAGUUGCCGCAGCUCUCAGAAAGUGGUUCUUUCCUGUUCAGCAAUGACUCAAACAGCUCAGAAGAAGAUAAUGCCAUUGAGCCUAUACCUGAAGAUGAGGAAGAAAGCCAAGAGUUUGUUGACCUAAGUCAUAAAACAGACCCAUUGCAAGAAAUGGUGGAGUCUACUUGCAGUGUGUUCUCAUUUGACAGUGAUCUGUUCAGUCCAAGUGAUGUAGAUGAAGAUGUUGUCCAUGAAGAAGAUUGCUCAGAUGUAACAGAUGUGUCUGAAGUCAGUGACGAAGACAAAGAGAGAGAUCAGGACCUAGAGAAAGUGGAAGAAGUAGAUGAUCAUCUUAUUGCAAAAAGCAGAGAUGAUGCCAGUGCAUUCCAUGUAGAUAUCCCAACCUUGUUUGUUGUUCUUGGUGUGACAACAGCUCUGGGAUUUAGCAUUGGCUAUGGGCUCAGUGUAUAUGUUAGUAACCAAGCCUUGGAAGUCUCUGGAAGCAUUAAGAGACCUGGGCCCAAGACAUCAACAUCUUCUCUUCUACUCACUUCUGAUCCAAUGGAGCCCUUGGGUGAAGUGUCACGUGAUUUCCUGGAUCAGCUGGCAUUGUGGAAAUUAGAAGGUCGUCUUGAAGCUCCACAAGAUCAAGAGCCUGAAACUGAAAUGGAAGAUCUGUUUGACACAAAAGCAUUGCAUGAAAAACUCCAGCUAAAACACUUCAAGCUCAUGGGAUUGCACGAAAGCAUGAAACAGCGCUUGCGUAUGGCCAAAGUUAUGUCAUGGUACUGGCGACUGAAAUAUGAAGAAGAAAGGUCGAUUAAAGAAGGAAGUGAACGGAGCAAAGCCUUGCAGGAGCAGCUUCACGACAUGGAGAAGUUGUACCAGCGAGAAAAGCAAAUUGCUGACUUAUGGCGUCAAAUGAACAAGAACACAAAGUUAAGACGAGCUGUUGCUGUUGGCACCAAGUUUGACAUGCAAUGGAGGGAUUUCCUGCAUCGCUGGAAAAAAGGCGAAGAGGGAAAUCCGGGUGUAAACCAUAGUCAGAUGGUGACAGAUUCAACGGAGCUUUACGAAACUCUAGCAAAGAAAGAGCUUGCUGAGAUCCCUGUUGUUCAAGACCCGGAGGUGAGUAAGGCGGAAAGUGAGACUGUGCACACUGGUAACAGUAUAUGGUUGAACUUCAGAGAUCGGUGGACUAAAGACUCUCAGAUGAAGGGACGUGUGCAAGAAAGCUCUUCAAAAAGCGAGAGGUGCGCAUCUGGGGACCCCGAAAGAAAAGAUUUGACUAAGUUCUUUGGACAAAUUUAUUCAAUGAUGCUCCCUCCUUUGUCAGCGAAGGCCGUUCCCGAACGUAGGGCAGCCAUAAAGAUACAGUCGUUUGGCGAACAUAGCGGAGAGAGUUAUAGUGAAAAGAAUUCUGAAGAAAUCUUCGAGACGAGAUCGGCAGAUUUCAAAGAAGGGGUACCCUUUGAAAAUCCACUAUUUCCAAACGGGGUAUUUUCUUCUAGCAUCAGAUGGCGACGAAUUCAUGGGAAAACAGGUGCCAAGACAAAUUUGAAAAGAGAUGACAAUAUGAAAGUGUACCCCCAAGCGCUUCAAAUCUUCCGGGGGUUAACACAUCUGUUCAUCGCUCCUGAAAAUGCAAAGGGAGUCUGUCAGCGCAUCGAGUCUUACAAAGAACUUGCGCUGAGAAAAUGCGGGAAAGAGACCGUUGUCCAAAAAUAUGGACCAGAAAGGCGAAGCGAGAAACAAGAAACCACUGGCGAUGGGCGGUUCCUGACCAAGGAGAAACAGAAACUGAGAAAUUUAUCCAAGCUCCGAGGAGAAGAGAUACGUAAACAGAGAAUCCAACGGCGCGAGUGGAAAAAGAAGCAGAGAGAAGCUGAAUCGCGCCGUAAAGUGUUAAAGCGUCUCUUGUCAGAGUUACGGCGAGAAAAGCUUCGCGUAAAGGGGGAGAAGAAGAAGUUGCGACGUUCAUGGAAAAAGUUAAAACGAGAGAGGAAGAAGAUUUACCUCGAAAGAGAACACCAUAAGAAGAAUACGGAAAAACUUAAGAAUUUCUUGGCGACAUUGAGAGAAGAAAAGCAAAAGUUUAAAAGACAGAAAGCUCAGCUAAAUGAGAAGGUGAAAAAAUUGUUAGCCAAAGAGAGGGAAAAUCUGAAGGUCAGAGAAAAAGCUUUGGAUGCUCAGAAGAGAAAAGAAGUGGAGCGGCUAAGAAAUGAAAUUUUUAAGGAGAAGAACAAGUUAAGACAUCAGAGGAAAGAAUUAAAAUCUUUACAAAAAGCCACAAAAAAGAAGUAUAGAAAAUGGUUUAAGAAACUGCGUAAAAUAAAGAGGCAAGAGCAAGAAAAAAGAAAGGCGAAACAGGCGAAAAGGAAAGAAAAAGAGAGGAAAAAACUAGAAAAAGUUGAAAGAGAGAUGCGGCGAAAGAGAGAAUAUGAAUCUGUUGUUCGAGAACAAGCGAAGUAUGAGAAAGAAAAACGUAAUAGGAAGGGAGAAUACGGAGACCAUACAGUGACAAGGGAUGAAUGGAAGAAAACGGACAAUAACUUGAAACAAGAUGAAUCAGUCGUACAUGAGAGAGAUUCUGAGAAAAAAGAGAAGAAAAGUGACCCGAGAGAGUCGUUUAGGCAGCAGUUAGAAAAUGUUAAAAGGUGGCUGUCUGAAGUACACAAAGCUGCAAUAGAGCGACAACAGAUUUACUGGUCAGGAACUUUGAUAAGACCUAUUUUAAACGCUAUCAGUGGAAGGGCUGCCAAAUCUGAAUCGUACGGAGAGGAAGCGGGUGAUAUGAAAGAUGAAGAAUUUGAACGGCGUGAUACAAACUCUGCUGAGGUAAAGGAAAGUAAACAAACUAGCCAUCGCGGGGACACGGCCGGAAGAAGCCAAUGGGAAAAUGGAAGAGUAGAGAUGAGAAAGAUCAUGUCAAAAAUGGAGAAACGCGGCUGCGAACUGAAAGAAAAUGAAAAGAGGGAAAUGGCCGUUAGUAAGACGGAGGUGGCGAAGAUAUCGGAUGAUAAAUCCCUGAUGGGCGUUACAAACUUAACGUUUGGGGCUGACUUUGUGAAAAUGCUGCUAAAGGGGAUUGAGAAGCAAAACCGCGAAGAUAAAAUGAAUCGGGAUUCCGACGGAGCGGCAGAAAGUACGACUUUUAUCAUAGUCUCUGAAGAAUCAGAUGACCACGAUUCUAGCGCCGGUUUAAAUGACGAAAGGAAAAAGUCGGGUCGAAAACGGCAGCGUUCCGAUAGCAAACCAAAGCGUCCCAAUGACAGAUUGAGGAGCCACCAGAACUGGUCGGAUAAGAACGAUGAUACUGCAAAGCGACCUAGAGAGUCGCCGCAAGGUCCGAUCGGUUCCGAAGAUAGCCAAUUGGCCUCUGAAAAUUUGUACGAACACCCAUCGACAGCGCAUAACGUUCGUUACAAAUUAUCAUCGGAAGGUCCGACGCCACCCAACGAUAUCGGAUUGUCUCUCGAAGAACGAUACGAGAGAAGAUUCGGGAUGCCGAAAAAUAAACGGAAGCCAGUAACCCCGCAAGGGCCAAUUUUAUCUGACGAGGUGCAUCAGGGGCACCCGAGAAAAGGAAAGAAGAGAAAGAGAAGGCAACGUAGCGAAGUACAGGACAAAGUAUGUAGUUCAGAUAAUCCAGAGAAACGCGAGUCCAUUCCACCCCCUGACUGGGUAUUUGAACGCGCCAAGGGUCGCACCCAUCAGCGGUCUGCCCCAUGGUAUGUUCGUCGGGCGGAAGAUCGGGAGUUCCAGCGAAGCGUUGACAAACAUGAUUCCCAGUUCCCCUGCGGUCGAAAACGCAAACACUAUAAAGGUCCUCUGGACCCUUCAUGGUUUUUCGAUCGAGCUGACGAUCGCGAAUUUCAGCGGUUAAACAAUAUACCGUGGUACACCCGACGCGCAGAGGGGCGUGAGACCGAGCGUAAGAAGGGACAGGAUUCAUGGUUCGUGGAACGCGGGUUCUACAGAAGCUACCUGCGCGAUUUAAGCUCCUGGUACAGUGAUGAAACCUGGAUGCCUCAGGGGCCGUCCAUGGAAGAACAUCGCUGACAAUAGAGGUCACUUCUGUUUGUAUUAGAACUAUAUGAACGGGUUAGUUGAGCUAUGGAAACGUUCGUUCACGGUUUUGCAAUUUAUUUAGUUUGAGAAUGGUAAGCAUUUCGCCCUAUAAGGUUAUCGUAGUUUUAGACUCCGCCCAAAACUGAAAGUUUAUGCAAUAAGGUGUUUACCACUGAAUACCCCUAGGGAUGCACAAAAAUCUUAACUUCCUUAUAGCAUAUACCGUUUUUACCUACUAAUUUAUGGUUUCUGCGUGGUUUUAAGAACCUGGGAAGACUCCUUUGCUGGUGCCAGAAAAAAAUUCUACGAACCCCCAGAAAGGGGUUAAGCAGAACCGACCGUUGUGCAACAUGUUUUCACUUUUUAUGGCAUGUCGAUUCGCGCAAAAAACAUUCUCGUCCCCAGAGGGCGCGCUCCUUUUGGUCAGCACCAAGAAUCGCGACCUCUGGUAAGGUCCGA